CCGUGCGGUGUAGGGGCCGAUCCCGGAAGUUCCGGGUCGAGUUUCCUGGUGCCGACGAGUCCUGCCAGGUACGGGGAGAAAGCGGGGUCAUGGCGGCGUUCGGCCCAGCGCUCUGCCUCUUCGACGUGGAUGGGACCCUGACAGCCCCGCGGCAGAAAAUUACCAAAGAAAUGGAUGGCUUUCUACAAAAAUUGAGGCAGAAGAUCAAAAUUGGAGUGGUAGGCGGGUCAGACUUUGAGAAAGUGCAGGAGCAGCUGGGAAAUGACGUGGUUGAAAAAUACGAUUACGUGUUUCCAGAAAAUGGCUUGGUAGCAUACAAAGAUGGGAAAUUCUUGUGUAAACAGAAUAUUCAAGGUCACCUGGGUGAGGCCCUAAUCCAGGAUUUAAUCAACUACUGUCUCAGCUACAUUGCAAAAAUUAAACUCCCAAAGAAGAGGGGUACUUUCAUUGAAUUCCGAAAUGGGAUGUUAAACGUGUCCCCUAUUGGAAGGAGCUGCAGCCAAGAAGAACGCAUUGAGUUCUACGAACUCGAUAAAAAAGAAAAUAUAAGACAAAAAUUUGUAGCAGAUCUACGGAAAGAGUUUGCAGGAAAAGGCCUCACGUUUUCCAUAGGAGGCCAGAUCAGCUUUGAUGUCUUUCCUGAUGGAUGGGACAAGAGGUAUUGCCUGAGACAUGUGGAAAAUGACGGUUAUAAGACUAUUUAUUUCUUUGGAGACAAAACCAUGCCAGGUGGCAAUGACCAUGAGAUCUUCACGGACCCGAGAACUGUGGGCUUCGCCGUGUCGGCGCCCGAGGACACGCGCAGGAUGUGUGAGGAGUUGUUCUUCUGAUGGGGGAGGGAGGGGUCCUGGCUCACGGCCCGAAAGUGGUAGCUGAAGCCCAGGGCCCUCCCACACGUGCACACCCCUUCAGCCCCAGCCGCCGCCUGGUCACGCGGGGUCUGGACCUCUAGUGCCUCAGGGAACUCACCCUCCUCCCCCAUGCCGGGAGCAGCCAGAAGGGAGGAGAAAAGACUCUUGGAGAGUGGCUCGAGGACCACCCCCAGCACAAGAUUCAUCCCCCACCCCCCAGCGUAAGACCCCAACUUCCCCACCGUUCUAGGGUGAUGCAGAAAGAAUGUGCCUGGACCCUCCCUCUUCACGGGCCUCGUGAAGAGGAGAGGGGUUAAUGUUUGGACCCCUGGGCCAGCACCAAAAAGGAGGGUCUUGUGUGAGAAAGGACAGGGCAUCUGCAGUGACCCAACCGGUGACAAGUUAGAAACAGUAACUGAAACGAAGCUCCCUCCGUGUGGGCGGGACAGGGCUGUGGCCGUGGGGCGGUGUGGAACUGAGGCUGCAUGCACGGUCUGCCCAGCCCCUUCCUGCUGGUGAGGCCGAGGCCUGCCCGACGGACGGCUGCCCUGGGACUGCGGAGCCCGAAGAGUUUGCACUCGGCUGGCCCAGAGCUCAGGCCAGCUCUGCCUUCACUGCACCUCGAGCUGCCUGGCUGCUUUGCUGUAACUGUCAAGACGGGUGGAAAUCGGAACCAGUGACCCCAGGGGGAAUUGGUGCUGGUGAACGGUCCCUGCCCUGGAGGGUUCAGGGAAGCCAACUUGGGAGGCCAGACUCCCCCAAAAGGACCUUCUCGUUGGACCUGGCUGCGCUUCCCAGAGGCGCUGGCCCUGGGGUCUCAGGGAUGGGCAGAGCCUGGCUAGGGAACAGGAACGGGAGCUGCGCUUCUCUGUAAGCACGUCCACCCACCCAGACCCUCGCCCAGACUUGGACCAGCAGCUGGGCCUGCAGCCCUCGCUCCUCCCUUCCACAUUCUGCAAGUCCUCCAGGAAACCGAAGGACGUCCACAGGCCUUGUCCGGAACACGGUGGAAGAGAGCUUUCCAAGGAAACGGUUCACAUGCUGCUUUCCAGGGUGUGGAAACCCUGGGGCCCUCGCACCCUCCGUGGCCUGGUGCGGGGGCAGCCUGGCCUCCACGGGGUGCUGGCGACCUGGGCCUGCUGCGCUGCACCUCCCGCUGCCCAGCCCGGCCUGUCCACUCCGCUCAGUCGUCUGAGCUCACUUGGGGGCGGGUGGGGAGAAAGCAAGAGGCUCCUCCUCUCGGUGGUCCCUAGGACAUGGCCAGCCGGUGGCAUCUCCCCUUGUUGAACAUUGCAAUGAUACUGUAAUGACUUUUCCAGAUGAAAGGUAGCACAUUAAAGAUUUUAUUUCCUA